AGGAAGUCUAGAACCCAAAUACAAAAUAGUACAUCGUUUUCAUUGAUUCUAAACUUAGUAAAGGCACUGAUUCCUUGCUUAAUAUCUGCCUCACCUGCUUUACCCUUUGCCAUAACAUCUCAAAAUAUAGUUACAGAUACAGUGACGUGGGAGAUGAGGUGAAAGGGAAAUUCUUAAAAAGAAAAAGAAACAUGGCAGCUUGAAAGUCCAAAGGAACAUCGGAUGAUUGUUCCUUCAGGCUAGGAAAGAGGGACGAGGCUGUGACUAGACAGAAGUAAGCUUCUCUGUUUCUUUCUGCUAAAAUCUCUUUCCUCCCAGUCUCCCAGGUUUCUUUGAUAUCAGCUGGUUGAGAGAAAGAAAGGAAGAGAUGUUGGAAGGUAAAGCUGUGAUUGAAGAGACAGACAUGCCCUUGAAGAUGCAGGCUCAAGCCCUGGCUUCUGCUUCUCGGGCUCUUGAUCUCUAUGAAGUCUUUGACUGCAUUCCCAUCGCUGCCUAUAUUAUAAAGGAUUUCGACGAGAUGUACGGGCCUGGAUGGCAAUGCGUGGUGGGUACAAACUUCAGUUGCUUCUUCACCCAUUUAAAAGGAACUUUCAUCUAUUUUGCUUUGGCCACUCUCAACUUUCUCAUCUUCAAGGGGAGCUGUAGUUCCACUUCUUCAUGAAGUUGAGCUGGUUUGAUGGCGGACUGUGAAAGAAAGACAGAAAGUCCUUGAUGAGAUAGGAAGGUGGCCAUCUUUGGAUUCUUCCUUCUGUUGGAUGAUGAAUCAUUGAAUACUUUGAAGCUGCAUGUCUAAGGCCUAUUUUUGUUUGCUUAUGUAAAUUGAUGCUAGUCAUUGCCAUCACUACCUUCCAUUUUCUCCCAAGUGGAAUUAAUUGAAACGCAGUGCAUUGAUCAAAUCGAUAACAACAACAUACAUACAUA